CGGCUAGAGAUGCCUGACUCCCAGAAUCCCUAGCGCGUCGUCCAUAGUUGCCAGUCAUUCUGCUGGGGACAGGUAAUUGUUAGCGAGUACUCCUGCGAAGUAGAUAAGAAAAUAAAGAUAGUUACUGAAAUACCUUGACUUUCUUCAGUAACCGUUAGCCUAGCGGUUUGCGUUCGGAAGCAAAGAGGAUGAAGGAAACCACGGCGAAGAGGCGGGAGAAACCCCGUGAGUCCAAGCCGGAGAAGCAGCCGGAGUCGGGCCCCGAGUCGCAGGAUGUGGAGAUGCCGGAGGAAGACGCGGCUGGCUCGGGGAAGCCGCACCGGGAGCUCGACACCCUCACCUUGGAAGACAUCAAGGAGCACGUGAAGCAGAUCGAGAAGGCGGUGUCGGGGAAAGAGCCCCGCUUCGUGCUGCGCGCCCUCCGCGCCCUCCCCUCCACCAGCCGCCGGCUCAACCCCAACGUGCUGCACAAAGCCAUCUCCGGCUUCUUCACCUCCAACGCCGCCGGCAGGGAGUUCCUGCUCAGCUACCUGGAGGAGCCUAUGGACACGGAGGGCGAUGUCCAGUUUCGACCACGAACAGGUAAGGCAGCUGCCACCCCAUUGCUGCCUGAGGUAGAGGCCUACCUACAGCUCCUCCUAGUGGUCUAUCUCACAAACAAUAAGCGCUACACAGAGGCUCAGAAAGUGUCCGAUCACCUGCUCCAGAAGAUCAGUUCUCAGAACCGCCGGGCUCUGGACCUUGUAGCAGCCAAAUGUUACUACUACCACUCCCGUGUGUACGAGUUCCUCAACAAGCUGGACGCCGUGCGCAGCUUCUUGCACGCUCGUCUCCGGACGGCCACGCUGCGCCACGAUGCCGACGGCCAGGCUACCUUGCUAAACCUACUGCUCCGGAACUACCUACAGUACAACCUGUACGACCAGGCAGAGAAGCUGGUGUCCAAGUCCGUCUUCCCAGAGCAGGCCAACAACAACGAGUGGGCGCGCUACCUCUACUACACAGGCCGCAUCAAGGCCAUCCAGCUGGAGUACUCGGAGGCCAGGAGGACUCUCACCAACGCCCUGAGGAAGGCCCCCCAGCACACUGCCGUGGGCUUCAAACAGACCGUGCACAAGCUGCUGAUCGUGGUGGAGCUGCUGCUGGGAGAGAUCCCAGACCGACUGCAGUUCAGGCAGCCCUCUCUCAAGAGAUCCCUCAUGCCUUACUUCUUACUGACUCAAGCUGUGCGAACCGGAAACCUGGCCAAGUUCAACCAGGUUCUGGAGCAGUUUGGGGAGAAAUUCCAGGCAGACGGGACUUACACACUGAUCAUCCGCCUUCGACACAAUGUCAUCAAGACAGGAGUCCGGAUGAUCAGCCUGUCGUACUCGCGGAUCUCGCUGUCUGACAUUGCUCAGAAGCUGCAGCUGGACAGUCCUGAAGACGCUGAAUUCAUUGUGGCAAAGGCCAUCCGAGACGGGGUGAUCGAGGCCAGUAUUAAUCACGACAAGGGGUACGUCCAGUCCAAGGAGACCAUUGACAUCUACGGCACCAGGGAACCCCAGCUAGCCUUCCAUCAGAGAAUCUCCUUUUGUCUGGAUAUCCACAACAUGUCCGUCAAGGCAAUGAGGUUUCCACCCAAAUCAUACAACAAAGAUUUAGAAUCUGCAGAGGAGCGUCGCGAAAGGGAGCAGCAGGAUCUGGAAUUUGCCAAGGAGAUGGCUGAAGAUGAUGACGAUAGCUUCCCCUAGAUGUCUUUUUUGUUUGUUGUUUUUAUCUCAUACCUGGUUGUCUUUCUGGUCACAUCUUCUUGGCGUCUGCUAAUACAGUUCAAUUAUCCUAUUACACCCUAGAAUGGCUGUCUCUCUUUUUUUUUUUAAGACUUCUGAAAAGGCUGUGGGCUAUAUUAUUGUUUGGUAUAAAUGAAAUAUCAAAUGGAAAAGUAAACAAACCCUACAUUGUUUUAAAAGUGAGAAACAGAAAUUGUCAGGCUUUUGAUUGAUACGAAAAGUGAGAUAUUCUAAGAUCCUGAAGGUACAGUUAUUACUUCAGCUUAUUUACAACCUUAUCUGACAACCAUCAAAAGACAUUAAUAAUGCAGUGUUUAGAAAGAGGAAGAGCAUCAUCAAUAUAACCACAGUGUAUUUGGCAAAAAUCAAAUCCUAGUGCCCAGGGUGAUACUAGAGAAAGUAGACUUCUCCUUGCAGUCCAUGACAGACUGGGAAACCUACCAGUCCCUGGGUUCUUUCUUUCAGAAUUGGUUUCUGCUUUUCUUUUAGUCACAAGAGUAUGACCUCUCCCCAGACAAACCACAAAAGAAUUUUGUUUGGUUUUGUUCCGUCUUUCCCCAGCCCCCUGUCUGCCCCUUGCUACAGUUUUAAACUCUAGCUUCCCCAGAAGCACCUUGUGCCAUCUGACUCGCGGCAGGCAAGUGGGCUCGUCUUGUGAGAUCUGAAGGACGAAGAAGUGUCUUUAUUUCACUAUCAUCACCGCUGUGCAAUCGUGCCCAUGGGUCUAACCAUCUAGCCAGCCUCAAUCAGAGGAAUGGGCAUUUGUGUAACAGAAGCAAUUAAAAACCUUUUUUAUAUAUACACUA